ACCUCACGUGACCCGGCUCGUCGGCCAAGCAGCCUGGUUUAAAAGCACGAGAGGUGCGAAAUCCUCCCCCCUUCUUCCUCCAUCACCUCCUCCUCUUCUUCGCGUUUGGCACUUCAUGCGCAUCAGGUGUCAAAAACCUUCCAGUCUGAGUUGGACCGAGUGGACUCCAGACACUGGACCAACUUCAUCAUUCAAACUUUAACGUACUUUUUUUAUUAGCCACAAGAUGAUAGUGGAAUUCGGGUGGGCAUUUCGACUUUUUUUGCUGCACAGUGUGACAAUUUUCAGCGGUGUGCUAUGCGCGCACUCACUCUACAAGAACCGCUACGCUGGCGAUCAAGUCUUCAGGAUAAGCCCCAGUAAUGACGACGAGGUUUGCACCCUCAAGAACGUUCUGGAAAGCAUGAAGGUGGAUUUGUGGCAGCCCAACAGCGUUUCUCUGAUUAGCCGGAACGCUACGGUGGAUGUGCACAUUAAACGCAGAGACACACGACGACUACAUGCCGCCUUAAAGCAGGAACAUAUCAACUAUAGCGUUUUUAUCUCUAAUCUGCAGCAGGAAAUUGAAAGGCAGACAAGGCGUCGCUCGUCCCGCAAGCGAAGGUCGGAUAGUCAAUACGACUACGAGAUCUACCACUCUUUGGAAGAGAUCCAGAGUUGGAUGUUUGAGAUGAACAUAACUCACCCUGACCUGCUCAACAUGUUCUCCAUUGGGAAGUCGUACGAAGGGCGACCCCUUUACGUCCUUCAGCUUGGAAGGAGAAGUCGGCCGCAGAAAAAAGCCGUUUGGAUCGACUGUGGGGUUCACGCCAGAGAAUGGAUAGGACCCACUUUCUGUCAGUGGUUCGUCAAAGAGGCGCUGAAUUCAUACCGGUAUGACUCAGCAAUGAGACGAUUGCUCAACCAGCUUAAUUUCUACAUCAUGCCCGUCUUCAAUGUGGAUGGAUAUCACUUCAGCUGGACUAAGGAUCGCUUCUGGAGGAAGACGCGGUCCAAAAAUCGCAAGUUCCACUGUCGAGGCGUGGAUGCAAACAGGAACUGGAAAGUCAAGUGGUGUGAAGAGGGGGCGUCGUCUCACCCUUGCGACGACACCUACUGCGGACCCUACCCCGAAUCCGAGCCCGAAGUACGGGCUGUUGUCAAGUUCUUGCGCAAGCACAAGAAGCGCGUCAAGGCCUACAUUUCUGUACAUGCAUAUGCCCAAAUGCUCCUCUACCCGUAUUCGUACAAGUACGCUGCCAUCCCCAACUUUAACUGCGUGGAGUCUGCAGCUCACAAUGCAGUGACAGCACUGUACUCGGCCUACGGAGUCAAGUACAGAUAUGGACCUGCUUCCACGACCCUAUAUGUUAGCUCGGGCAGCUCCAUGGACUGGGCCUACAGGAACGGGAUCCCAUACGCGUUUGCCUUUGAGCUGCGGGACACGGGCUACUUUGGCUUCCUGCUGCCAGAGACCCUCAUCAACCCCACGUGUACCGAAACCACUCGGGCGGUGAAGGCCAUUGCAUCGGGCCUGCUCAAAAAGUGCCACACGGACGCGGAGGCCUUCCCGUACAUAUAAAUGCACUCACCAUGUGUUUUUUAGACCAUGAUAAUAUACAACAUAAGGACCAUAAGGUGCCAUUGAAGCACUUGUCUUUCAUCAUCUAGCAGCACUUUUUGGUAAGGAUUCAACAUUCAAGUGACCUGCUUAGAACUUGAUGUGUAUGUUAUGAUUGCCUUCAUUACUGCAACAUUGUCUGGGUAUCUCAUUUGCUAUAGCCAAGGCGUCAUUAGUAAGGGUAGUCGUACCUUGUCAUUUAUUACUCAGGUAUGGAUCAGGUACUCAUAUGUUGAACUUGAUAUUUUAACUGUGUGUAUAUGUGUGAUUAUGUACUGGAAUAAAUUAGUUUUAACAGACUGAUUUUUUGAUAAAUAAAACAGAACACAAAAUGUAGUUAUACAGGGAGGGUAUGCUUUUUAACGUUGUCAUACUGUAUUGAAAAAUAAGAGGUAAAAAAAAGAAAAUAUUGUACUGCUUAAAUAAACAAUAAUAAUAAAUAU